AUGAGGUUGAUCGUAGUGGCUGCUGUGCUCAUAUCGUCGGGUCAACCAUUUCCCGCUAUUAUCAACACUUCUAUUGCUUGCGAUAAGACAGAUUUCCUUCUACGAAUAAAAUUUAACGAAACAUUCACUGGUUUGAUACAAACCGAGAAAGGCGAUCCUAAUUGUGUAUAUGUGAAUGCGUCAAUUCUACGUAGCUCUGACUAUGAAGUUAAGAUUCCACUCGUAGGUUGUGAGACAAUCCGAAAUGCGGAAGGGAAUUACGAAAACGAGAUCUCUGUUCAGAAUGGAAACAUUUUUAACUCAAAAACGGACAAACGAUAUCUUCUGACUUGUAUUCCAGCAAACCCUAUUUUCAGGGAUUCACAAGUAACCGUCUCCUUUGGUGGAGUUACCAUCGACACUGAAAUGACAACGGCAGUUUCGCUUGUGAACUCUCCAAAGGUUGACUACGAAGUUUCUGUUCGGGACGGGGAUGAUCCUUCCGCGCCACCGCUGAAACGACCGUUGGCUGUGGGAGAUCGAGUGACCUAUACCGUACAUCUCGCUCCAACAACUCGAGGCAGGAUAGGACGAUGUUGGGCGAGCGACGGCAGGAGUGAGUUAGAGCUUAGCGACAAUGACGGUUGUUCAGUACAGCGUUCUGGAGAGGUAUGGGGAGAUUUCGAAGUGUCACGUGAUGAGCAUGGAACGACGUUUCUUAACCAUAUUAAAGCAUGGGCGUUUCCGACCAGCAAUGAAGUGAACAUUUUCUGCAACCUGCAUGUUUGCGCCGACUGUGAACAACUCUCGUGUCGUAGUCGUCCGCGACGAGUUCCAGAAACAAGCGGUGACGGUACGGAUGAGCAAACCGGUGAGGACUUAGUGCCACCGAUCCCAAUUCGGACAAGUUUCCGAUUGCGGAGGGAAACGGAGCCGCUUAUUUCGACGAGGUUACCGAUUGAGAUGCCCUCCGCAUCCAGUACCACUACUCUGUUGUCAUUCAUUUUCUGGACAUUUUUGGCGUUGUUGUUUGUGAACUCAGCGGAUUUCUGA